AUGAGCGUUAAUAGAUUAGCGGAACUCCAUAAAGACUCUCGUACAGGUCCAGGAGGAAACCAAAAUCAGGCACCAGGUGCUCACAACAACGGUUAUGAAAUGCAUCCACUAUUGUCCUCGAAAGGUGAUAUUACAUCUGUACAGGGAUUUCUUGACGAAGUGUCGCUUGUAAAAGAAAGUAUUGGUCAAAUUAACUACAAUGUCAGUCGUAUCCAGUCCUAUCAAUCUACUAUGCUUCAAACAGCAGACGCUGGAGAACUAGCAAGGAAUCGGCAAGCUGUAGACGAGCUAACCAACGAAACUCAAAAAAUCAUGGCACAUGUAAAGCAAAAGUUGAAGGAAAUUGAGCCUACACCACGCCAUACAGAUUUGGCUAUGAGAAAAAACACCUUCAGUGCUGUCAUGCGCUCAUUCAUGGACGCCAUUGAAAACCAUCGUCGAGUGGCGUUGGAAUUUCAAAAGGCUGAAGCGCACCAAUUAGAAAGACAAAUAAAGAUUGCUAAUCCCCAUGCGACACAACAAGAAGUCGAACAAGCCGUUGCGGAUGCAGAACAGGGAAGAGGAGGUGCAGUUUUUGCACAACAAUUGAUGCAGUCUGUGAGUGGUGAGUAUAGACGUCAAAAUGCUCAGAAUACAUUAGAUGCCGUUCAAGAACGUCAUGAAGAUAUUCGCCGCUUGGCUAGAAGUGUGCAAGAAUUAUCAUUAUUGUUUCAGGAAAUGCAAGAGAUGUUGGAGGCACAAUCAAAAGUGUUGGAUACAAUCGAACAAAGUGCAUUUGAGACGACGGGUCAAUUAGAAACAGGUGUUCAGUACGUCGAGAAGGCCAAAAUAUCUGCUCGCGCCACACGAAGAAAGAAGUGGAUUUGCUUCGGUAUCUUCUUAGUUAUUAUUAUCAUCAUUGUUAUUAUUUUAGCUAUCGAAAUUCCAAAGAACAGGAAUUAA